CCCGCCAUCCGCCCGCCCGCCCGCUCCGCGUUUCCCUCCUUCUUGCGGUAAAACAACGUUGAAGAAAGAGGGCACUCGCGUACAGCCCAUCUCCUUCCAUCUGCCUGUACCAGACUGUGGCAAAGGGAAAUGUGAACGGGAGAACUGGCGAUGACCGCCUUGAGCGAGGAAGGAGCGAACUGUCUCCCAGAUUCGGAUUCAGGCUACAAUUCACUGCGAUGAUUACUUCUGUUGCUCCUUCAUUUUAUUUGCUUUAACACCACAGUAAUGGCAUUUGGAGACACUUGAAAAGUGACAUCGAGAGAUUGCUGCUUUCUUCAUGCCCUUAACAAUGUGCAGGCAGGAAGAGCCCAUGAAACUGGUCGCCUGGAUCUGGAUGGCUUCCUGCAACAAAAUGAUAGGUGUGCUGCUGGUCUUCUUCCCUGCUAUUCUCCUGGAGAUGGACUUCCUCCCCAAGAAUACUGGCAGGAAGGUUUUGAUCUCAGGUGCUUCCUCCCAAAGAUCAGUAGCCAGAAUGGAUGGUGAUGUAAUUAUAGGAGCUCUAUUUUCUGUCCAUCAUCAGCCCCCAGCUGAGAAAGUGCCCGAGAGGAAAUGUGGUGAGAUCCGAGAGCAAUAUGGUAUCCAGAGAGUUGAGGCCAUGUUUCACACACUAGAUAAAAUUAAUUCAGAUCCCAUCCUGCUGCCCAACAUCACUUUGGGCAGUGAAAUCAGAGAUUCCUGUUGGCACUCCUCAGUAGCCUUGGAGCAGAGCAUUGAAUUCAUAAGGGACUCCUUGAUCUCCAUCCGAGAUGAGAAAGAUGCUCUCAGUCGUUGCGUGCCUGAAGCUUCAUCUCAUCACCAGAUCAGGGCAAAAAAACCCAUUGCUGGUGUUAUUGGUCCAGGCUCCAGUUCUGUGGCCAUCCAAGUUCAAAAUCUGCUUCAGCUCUUUGAUAUUCCACAGAUUGCUUAUUCUGCAACCAGCAUUGACCUGAGUGACAAAACUUUGUACAAAUACUUCUUGAGGGUGGUCCCAUCUGACAUUCUGCAAGCCAGAGCCAUGCUUGACAUAGUCAAACGCUACAACUGGACAUAUGUGUCUGCAGUCCAUACAGAAGGAAAUUAUGGUGAGAGUGGCAUGGAAGCUUUCAAAGAGUUGGCUGCUCAAGAAGGACUCUGUAUUGCUCAUUCAGACAAGAUCUACAGCAAUGCAGGAGAAAAGCAGUUUGAACGACUGUUGCAGAAGCUCCGUGAGAGGCUGCCGAAGGCAAGAGUUGUGGUUUGUUUCUGUGAAGGCAUGACUGUCAGAGGGAUACUCAUGGCUAUGAGGCGCCUGGGAGUACUUGGAGAGCUCCUCUUGAUUGGAAGUGAUGGCUGGGCAGAUAGAGAUGAAGUCAUUGAAGGGUAUGAGCCUGAAGCAAAUGGGGGCAUCACAAUCAAGCUGCAAUCUCCAGAAGUCUUGUCGUUCGAUGACUAUUUUUUGAAAAUACGUUUGGACACCAACACAAGAAAUCCUUGGUUCCCAGAAUUUUGGCAGCACAGGUUUCAGUGCCGCCUUCCAGGACAUCCUCUAGAGAACCCCAACUUUCAGAAGAACUGCACCGGCAAUGAAAGUUUAGAAGAAAACUAUGUCCAGGACAGCAAAAUGGGAUUUGUGAUCAAUGCUAUAUAUGCUAUGGCCCACGGGCUACAAAGCAUGCAUCAUGCCCUUUGUCCAGGACACAUUGGACUGUGUGAUGCCAUGAAACCCAUUGAUGGAAGCAAACUAUUGGAUUUUCUCCUAAACUCUUCAUUCGUUGGCGUUUCAGGAGAGGAAGUUCGGAUUGAUGGAAAUGGAGAUGCCCCUGGAAGAUAUGACAUCAUGAACCUGCAACACAUAGAAUCUAACCAUUAUGAUUAUGUCUACAUUGGGACCUGGCAUGAAGGGGUGUUAAAUAUUGAUGAUAACAGGAUUCAGAUGAACAAAAGUGGAAUGGUCCGGUCAGUGUGUAGUGAUCCAUGUUUGAAAGGUCAAAUUAAGGUUAUAAGGAAGGGAGAGGUGAGCUGCUGCUGGAUUUGUACGCCUUGCAAGGAGAAUGAAUUUGUGCAGGACGAGUUUACAUGCAAAGCUUGUGAACUGGGAUGGUGGCCUACUGCUGAACUGACAGGCUGUGAACCAAUUCCUGUAAAAUAUCUCCAAUGGAGUGAUAUAGAGUCUAUUGUGGCUGUGGUCUUCUCCUGCCUGGGUAUCCUGGUCACCAUGUUUGUUACCCUUAUCUUUGCACUCUACAGGGACACCCCUGUGGUCAAAUCCUCUAGUCGGGAGCUGUGCUACAUUAUACUUGCUGGGAUCUUCCUUGGCUAUAUCUGCCCUUUUACCCUCAUAGCUAAGCCCACUGUCACUUCAUGCUACCUCCAGCGUCUCCUUGUGGGGCUUUCAUCUGCCAUGUGCUACUCUGCCCUGGUGACCAAAACCAAUCGCAUUGCACGCAUUCUGGCGGGAAGCAAAAAAAAGAUUUGCACCCGCAAACCACGCUUCAUGAGUGCUUGGGCCCAAGUAGUCAUUGCCUCCAUUUUGAUCAGUGUGCAGCUGACAUUGGUAAUUACCCUGAUCAUCAUGGAGCCCCCUAUGCCCAUCCUUUCUUACCCCAGCAUCAAGGAAGUCUUCCUGAUCUGCAACACCAGUAACUUAGGCGUGGUUGCCCCGGUGGGCUACAAUGGACUACUUAUAAUGAGCUGCACUUAUUAUGCCUUCAAAACUCGCAAUGUGCCCGCUAACUUCAAUGAAGCCAAGUACAUUGCCUUCACUAUGUAUACAACUUGCAUUAUCUGGCUGGCCUUUGUGCCUAUUUACUUCGGGAGCAAUUACAAGAUCAUCACUACUUGCUUUGCGGUGAGCCUGAGCGUGACAGUAGCCUUGGGGUGCAUGUUCACUCCCAAGAUGUACAUCAUCAUUGCUAAACCUGAGAGGAAUGUCCGCAGUGCCUUCACCACUUCUGAUGUGGUGCGUAUGCAUGUUGGGGAUGGCAAGACACCUUGCAGGUCCAACGCUUUCUUCAGCAUAUUCCGAAGGAAGAAGCCUGGCACUGGAAAUCCAAAUUCUAAUGGCAAGUCUAUGUCAUGGUCUGAACCAGGUGGAAAACAAGUUCCCAAGGGACAACAUAUGUGGCACAGACUCUCAGUGCAUGUGAAGAGCAAGGAGCCAGGAUGCAAUCAGACAGCCGUGAUCAAGCCCCUAACUAAAAGCUAUCCAGGCCAAGGCAAGAGCCUGACUUUUUCAGACAUCAGCAGUAAGACUCUGUACAAUGUGGUGGAGGAAGAAGAGUGUGAGCCAGCACACUUCAGCCAGCUGAGCAGUCCUUCCACGGUUGUGCAUAGGCGAGUGACAGUGACGCCUCCACUGCAGGCAACAGCCGAGGAAACCCACCUGUUCUUGUCCGAACAGAGCCCCAAAACCCUGCCACCACCACCACCACCACCUCAGAGAUCCAUUAUGGAGCAGUUGCAAGGUGUGGUCAACAAAUUUGCCACAGGCAUUCCUGACUUCAACUCUGUGAUCCCUGUGCCUGGUGCAGGGAAUGGAGUGAGGCCUAUCUACCAUCCUCCAUUAAUGCAGCAACAGGUGCUGCCAGCCCAGAUGGGCACAUUCAGCAAAGAGCCAGUUUCGGCCCCAGCUGACGAAGACGGGGAGGAGGAGGAGGAGGAGGAAAAUGAAAAGUUUAAGCUCAUCCAAGAAUAUGUCUAUGAGCGGCCAGGGAACCUAGAGGAGGAUGAAGAGGAGGAAGGGGAGCAGGCAACCAGCAAACUGACUCUAGAAGACUCACCAGCACUGACACCGCCAUCUCCUUUUCGAGAUUCGGUGGCUUCAGGCAGUUCUGUGCCAAGCUCUCCUGUAUCCGAGUCAGUGCUUUGCACACCUCCCAAUGCAACCUAUGCCUCUGUGGUCCUGAGGGACUAUAAGCAAAGCUCAUCUACCCUGUAGAACAGAGGCUGUUAAAGAAAGCAAGUGGACAGCAUCUCCCCUAUCAGCUCUGAUAUGCUGGAGAGCAAUAGCACAAGCCAUGUGAGCGCAAGAGGAGGCAGACAAAUGUGGUAUGAUGGGGCAAAAAUUUGUAUCCUGCACUAAAUUCAUUAGAGGGCUCAAAUUCUUUACCUGUUGUGUUUUUUAAAGGGAAAGUAUUGUAUUGUAUUAAAAGUAUUGUAUUCUGAGAAGACAAUAGGAAUUUUGACAAAGCACAAAUCCCAUAUUCAACAUCUAUAGCAAAAACAAAGUUAGAAAGAUAAGAAGUACACCGUAUUCACAUUCACUAUCUCACACACACUCUCUUGACAACACUUGAAUAUGACUCUGCAUAACACAACCACAGAGAAGACAUUAGCACAUCUCAUAGCUGGGCAUCUUCCCAGACUCUAUAAGAGUCAGCAUCAUUUGCUUGUGGUAGGCAGGAAGGAAGACUUCUCUGAGCACUGUACACCCAGGUGUAUCUGUGAUGCUUUCUUAGGUGGAUGACCUGGAAAUAAGAAGCUGUUUGUCUUGGAGAAGCAAAACUGGCAUGGGAGCAUACAGUUUAUAAGGAAUGUUUAGGGAAAUGUGCUGAUUGUAAAAGGGCCAGAAUGAAAAGUGGGGGCAGGGGGGGCGGGAUACAAGAGGGCUGCUGAUACAAUCCAAGGCAGAACUCCCUAUAGUGCUGAAAACGUAGAUUUGCCCUUUUGUAGAAGAUUGCAAGCCAGGUGGCUAUACUGUUAACACUUCAUUUCCUGUAGCAAAAUAAUAUUUAUCAACUCAACUUUCAUAAUCUGAUGCAUUUGCCAUGUGAUUACAUUGUUUGUGUUACUAUGGGAACAACUAUGUAUAAAAUAAUUAUAUAUUUUGAGCAACAAUUACAACUUUAAAGCAAAAAGCAGCUCUUAAUUGUGGCUCAUUAGGUUCAUGGUAGAUGCAAGAGAGUGAAUGUAUGUUUGUGUCUUCGUAUGUGUGUGUUGUUGUAUAGAACGUGUGAUGUGUAACCUCUAAUAACUGCCACUGGAUGAUUGUCCUACAAAUAUAUUAUUGAUAUUUUUAUGUUUCAACCAUGUUUUAUAUUGCAUUGUUUAAAAAUAUAUUAUAGGUCUUUGAAGGUUUGUAUGCUGUGCUGAAACAUUUUUAAUAAGCUAAGCCUGCCCUUAUAAUAGGGUGCUUUGAUUUUGCUGAUAUUUUUGCCAUGUGGAAUUAUGCUGUUGGUAAUAACCAGUGCUCUGAUAAGUUAUUUCGUGUAUUUUAAACAAAUGUGGUUAAUAAAGAACGCAUCUCUUUUAGAAAUCUUCCACAUGCUAGUAUUAAAACUGUAAAGGCAA